UGCUCUUUUUACUUUUCAGUCCCCUUCAAAACCCCUUUCCUUCCCAAAAACCCCCUCUACUACUCUCCAAAAAAAACCCCCAAAUCCUAGACGAAAACGCUGCUCAACAUUUUAUUCUCAUUCCCCAUUCCUAUCAUCCAAUCCUUUCCCAUUCAAACUUACUUUGACCUCCAUUUUACUACUAUUUCUCACUCUAGCGCUAUUUUCCCCUUUCUAUUUUGGUCCAUAUUUUUUUUUUUAGGGUUUUGCAAGUGAAGUGGAAUCGUACGGACGAUUCGUGAAUGGAGGCCACGGCAGCGACAGGUGUCGCCGCCGCAGGACGCGGUGUUGCUCUACCGGUGUCGUCGUCUCAAGCGGCUGCUCGUAAAGAGUGGCGUGCUGUGUCUGAGCAAUCUGUUCGAAAUUCCAGUAGCGAAGAAAGUGAACGGUCCAGAUUAGGUCAAUCGGAUGAGAGACUCAUAUACGAGGUGCAGCAAGGGAGAGAGCCGGUUGAUGUGGACUUCUGUUCGAUUACUGUUGAUGGAGCUUCAAAAAAUGAUAUUCUGCAACAGAGAUUGCUCAGUGUGGUUAAACAAAAAGAUGAGUUGCAGCAAAUGGAGACUGAACUACGGGCUCAGCUCAUUGCAAGAUCAGAGAUUAUGGAAAUACGGAAUAGUUUUGAUGCUCAGAUAAAAGAGCAUGCUAAUGCCAAUGUUAAGCUUCAGGAGCAAAUACAUGAAAGGGACCAGAAUUUCUAUGAGUUGGAGAGGAGGAUGGAAGAGAAAGAAAGGGAACUCCAUGCAAUUAGACUGGACAAUGAAGCGGCAUGGGCAAAAGAGGAUCUCCUUAGAGAACAAAGUAAAGAACUACAAACUUACAGGAGAGAGAGGGACAACUCUGAAGCAGAAAGAGCUCAGCAUAUUAAACAAAUUCAUGAACUCCAAGAGCAUAUUCAAGAGAAGGAGCGUCAGUUCAUGGAAUUGCAGGAACAGAAUAGGAUAGCUCAGGAAACGAUCCUGUUCAAAGAGGAACAAAUAAGGGAUGCCCAGGCUUGGAUGACUCGUGUUCAGGAAGUUGAUGCCUUGCAGCAAACUGAAAUACGGGAGCGCACAGAACAAUAUAACCAGCUUUGGCUUGCUUGUCAAAGACAGUUUGGUGAGAUGGAGCGAAUGCACAUACACAUGCAACAGCUGCAACUUGAAUUGGCUGAGGCAAGAGGUGGAACUUACUCUGAUGGUUCACAAGUCUCCAAUCUGAAUUCUAAAGAUGCUAGUCACCUUGGGCAGAGCAAUGGAAGCCAACUUAAUGCUAGUGGAAGCAGUACACCUGGUGAAAGUUCCAUAGGCUUACAAAAUGGAAAUGUUGAAAAUGCUCCAUCUUUUGCUUCAACUGGGAAUGUGUCAACUCAGUCGGAUCAUGUACAUGGUAUGCCAGUUGCUCCUUCGUCCUUGCUCGGGAUGACAACCUACCUUCCACCCGGACAAAUGGCCGCUCUGCAUCCAUAUGUAAUGCAUCAACAGGGUAUUCCUCCUCCUUUACCAUCACAUGUCCCUCAAUCUCAUGUUGGGCAUUUUCACUCAGUACCGGCAGUAUCGUCUCUUCAGCAUUGGCCAAACCAACAGGCUGUACCAGAGGAUUCACAGAUCUCUAGUCACAAUCAGUACCUGCAACCUCAGUCAACCUUGCCAGUAUCAGAUUCUCAGUAUGAUCAUGAAACAACUGUCAAUGGGCAAACUCUUCGUUCAGAUUAUGGUGAUCUCAAUGUGAACCAAGGAAUUGAAACUCAGGAUCCAGUGGUUCCAGCUUCAAGUGAAGAGGGACAGGAACUUCAAUCUGUGGAUAAGAAUUACCUCUCAGGUGUCCAGACUCAGCAGACUUUGCAUCAAAUCUCUUCUCAAUUUAAUGGUGCUUUAAGAUUGGAUACGCAUGAACAUAACAAUGAGACAGAGGUGAACAAUGUCAACUCUUCAGCUAAUUACAUGCUAGAGUCUCAAGGGUUAAGAAUGGGAGAAUUUAGUUCGAAUGUUGAUAAAUCAUCGGCCGAAGUUCCAAAUAAUGUGCAUAAUUCAACUGAGUCAGUGACAGAUACCCUCUCAGGCACUGUGUUGACAGAAACAUAUGUUGCUGGAGGGCAGAAGAAUGCAUAUGCAGUUGGUAAAUCAGUAGAUGUUAAUCUCCUGGACGAAAAGGCAUUGCUGGCUUGCAUAGUGCGCACAAUUCCUCCUGGUUCUGCUGGUAGAAUCAGGAUUAGUUCUACGCUUCCUAAUAGACUUGGUAAAAUGCUUGCCCCCUUGCACUGGCACGACUACAAAAAAAAGUAUGGGAAGCUUGAUGAAUUUGUGGCAAACCAUCCUGAAUUAUUUGUAAUUGAUGGAGACUUCAUUCAACUUCGAGAAGGUGCUCAAGAAAUUAUAGCAGCCACAGCUGCAGCUGCUAAAGUGGCUGCUGCAGCUGCAGCACCUUCGUCAUACUCCUCUCUUUUGCCUCCUAUUGCAGUCACCCCUAUGCCACAAAAUCACCGUUUGAAGAGGGUACCGUCAGUUGAACCAACAUCUGAGAAGGCAGUUUUCAAAGACUAUGCUGUUGUCAGACCUGCAAAUUCUAGUGACAACCUUCAAAGUCAGAUUUCUAAUGGGGCCUCUUUUAAUGUUACUGGGGGCAUCUCAAAUGUAAAAAUUUUGACAAAGCCAAGAGAUCAGAUGGAGCUAAAUGCAGGUGAACCUAGAGCUGCCUCAUCUGUACGAUUGACCCUUGGAAAUGGAAUUAAUGCUGGCAAAAAUGACGUGGGUAGUUUACAAAACAAGGUUUCAUCUCAUGGGAGACCUGGCGCAAAUUUAGUCAGUAAACAGGGCAGGAAUGCUGGGAUUUCAUCAGGCUCCAGAAGAUAGGCAGAUAUUGGAUGCUGAUGAGUAUGGCUGGGCAGAUUUUGGAUGCUGAUGGGUGUUGCAGGACAUAUAUUGGAUGCUGAUCAUUUACAUUUGAAAUUAUUCAGAGGGAUAAAUUCUAUUAAAUUUCAAAUUGGAAUGUACCGUAAUGUUCCCUUUCAUAUAUCAAGUGGAAACAGUUGUUCAUCUAAGUAUACAUCCUCCGUUUUGUUGGAGAUCUUGCUGCUUCAUAGCCACUGAUCAACUCUUAGGAGUGUUCAAUUAAAUUGUCCACAAUGGCUUUGAUGUGCAAAUUGCAUCUUGUGGAACAUUAACGAUUAGAACAAUGAGAGAUCUGCAUUCUGAAUUUGAUUAA